AUGGAGCUCCUGGAGUGUCCCAUGUGCAAGUUCACUGUGCUUCCGAAAGAUGGCUACAUCCUUCAAUUACAUUUUGAGCAGGUGCAUACCGAAAAUUCUCCUUUCGUCAUCGAGGACGAUCCUGAACCGUUACCACCAUCAUUGCCCCUCAGGCCUUCCUCAACUGACCACGAUAACGAGGACACACCUUCCUCUGACGACUCCGAAGAAGAGGAAAGCACAGUAGUGUGUACUGAUGCCAACUGCGGCGAAGUCGUUCCUCUCUCCGACUUCAACGACCAUCUCGAUUACCACAACGCAGAAACUUUAUCAUUUGACGAGACUACAGGAAAGUAUCAUUCUCAUCAUUCAUCCGCUACUAUGCAAGGCUCGACCUCUUCUCGUCGUUCACGUGCGAGUCAAACAAAAACCACAACAUCUGAGCGAAGUUUCAGCACAGACUUAUCAGAUGCCUUAAAGGGGACCGAGGCUCAUGGCCGCAAGUCGAAGAAGCACACCCGUCGUCACAGACGUGGUACCGAUGACAGCGAGAAGAGUACUAUCGGAAGGAGUAUCCUAAGCUUCAAUCCUUUUGCGAAACCUGACAAAAACGUCAAGCCGCCAAUCAAAAGUGCCCGUCUGGGAAAAUCCGAGCUUGGGCCUUACGCCUGGGAGAAACGAAUGCCCAGGUGGCUGCACGAUCAGCUUGAGGCAGGUCCUAAGAUUACCGCGGUCAACCGGAUCGGCCGAGAUGGCCGCCUCAUCAAGCAUGACCAGGUGCAAAAUGAGACGCCAGGCAUUAUACCUAUACUCGCUCAAUUGUCUGCUCUCGAUCGCACUGUCAAAGAGGCUUACUACUGUCACCCAUCGACAGUCCACGUCGGCAAAACGCCAAGCGAAGGUGGCUUUUGCGGUUAUCGAAAUAUACAAAUGUUGCUAUCCUACAUCCAAGGCGCAAAGGCUCAAGGCUACGAAGAGUUCCCUGGACGACUUCCAACUGUCCUUAAGAUGCAAGACCAUAUUGAAGAUGCUUGGGACAAAGGCAUCAAUCAGAUUGGCCGUGUUCAGACUGGCGGCAUACGCGAUACCAGAAAGUAUAUCGGUACACCAGAGGCUCAAGCUUUCUUCCUGAACUCUGAAAUCAAUUGCGCUGUCGAACAAUUCAGCGACAACAAAGAUCGCAGCAUUGCAGCUCACGAACUCCUUCUCGCCGCCAUGGAGCGAUACUUUGCCCGAGCGGCUGAAAGCGAUGGAUCCAAUGUUUAUAAAACCCUCCUGCCGCCUAUAUAUCUUCAACAACCAGGUCACUCUAUCAGCGUCAUCGGUUUCGAGCGUCAUGUUGACGGCUCAUGCAACCUGGUAGUCUUCGAUCCCAUGUAUUACACGAGCCCUGCUAUGCAUAGGCUGCUUGGCCGGAAAAAUAUCAGGACAGCUCGACCGGAGGUUCUGUACGCAUAUCGUCGUGGCGCUGGAAAGCUUAAGAAAUAUGCUGCUUAUGAGAUUCUGAUGCUCACUGCGACACCACCUUUGUUUCCCGCUUGGGAUGUACUUCGUCAGUUUCCCGACUGUCGCUUCGUGUACGCGUUUUUCCGUGCUCGCACUCUUGGAUACGAUGUCUAUCCAGAAGAUUAUUUCCUCAGAAACUUCCCGUGGCAGCAGUAUGGCGGACUCUGGUCUUGCGACGAUGCUCGCUUUGCCCGGGCGGAGCCAAUGAACGCCCUUGUAGCUUUAGCUCUACGUCGCAUCACAGGCGAUGGGUCCUCAAGCUCCAGUAACAACAACAGUCCGACAAGUCCCACAAGCUUCUUUACCAAGAGCUGCUUCCAGCACACCCCAGCGACCGAGCAUGACCAAAUUCCUUCAUGGGUGGGUUCGCUUGAUGGGUCUGCAAAUGGCUUCGUGAGCUCAUCGCAAUACGGUGGCAGUGGCCCUGUUUACCACAUGGGUGCUUUGAACGCUGUUCUGCCUCAGCCCAAGGCUAUGAAACCACACCUAUCACUUCUGACGGACGUCGGACGGAAAUAUCCGGGGUUUCCUACACCACUGUCUCCUACUCUGACGGCAAGAGAAACAUACCCUUCGCCUGCGUCUGAUGCCGGAAACAGGGCUGUAACACCUCGCGCUUUGGGCCCCGCAGUGCGUACGGUAAACCUAUUGAGCAUCGACGACUCGGACAUGUGCGGGCCCUCUAGUCACCGCGAUUCGCAUGGAUACGGCCAGCAUACAUCACAGAUGGGUCUCAUUGAUGAUGUUCUUGCGAGACCGGAAAUGCGCAACCGCACUCCAUCAGCAUCGUCGCAAGGUAUCAGAGGUUUAAUGACUCCCCCAACAAGCCCAUCCCGAUGUAUAUCCCCACGCACCGCUAUGCUGAAGCAAAUGGCUCGAAAGCAAGGUUUCCCGGAGCUAUCACCAAAGUCCAUGCGUGACCCAGGCCCCAGACUUGAUUCUCACUUCAGCACCCGCAACUUCAACCUAUACCCGGUCUCUCCACCUAUGCCUGUCCGCUCGUUCUUGUCAACCUCGCACUGUGAGGCAGCGUCUCCAUCUUUUGCUAUCGCCAACGGAGUUGAGUCUGAAGCCACAUCACCUAUCGAUCCCUCUGGUACUAUGCUCUUCUACACGUCCAACCGCAGCGUUGACUCAGGCCUUCUCGGCGUCCGCCCUCUUUCUGAACCACAAGUCGCUGAGUACCGAUUUUGGCGUCCCUGUGGUCGGCGCGUCUGCGGAUUUGGUUGUGGCGGCGCGAAUGUAGGUGAGGCUGCCGCCACGAAGAGACUAUUCAGAGAAGUCGAAGGAGACAGUCCUGUGGUCGAGAACGAGAUCGAAGAUGACGGAGAUGUCCAGAGAGAUGUGGACUACGAAUAUGGUCUUGACGGCACGAGUGAUGGUGGCGACGACGACCAAGGAGGCAAGUUUAGCACGAGCACCUGGGCUGGCCGUCGGCUAGUCAUGGAUUGGAAUCAGUUCUUGUCAGGCUGUGAGAGGGAGGGCAUCGCGCAGUUCUGA